UAUCAUGUGUUACACUGGAAUCCUGGAACAUAGCGUGAGGCAGGUCGUUAACCCAUGCCUCGCUGUAGCCACACCACGAAUAAUGCUGGGGGCAGUAAGAGGUGACCUUUCCUACAUACUUGUGCGGGACAUUUCCAAAAGGUUGAACACACAAAGGGGAGAUGAGGUCGGUCGGAUCAUAGCUGCUGACAUAGUAAAUAAGUGAAAGCGUUUAGCACCGGUGCCCUUUUAUUUCCCUGCGCCUGGAAUGCCAGAGGAGAAGAAAGAGAAAUCUGGCACUUCCCAGCCUUGCUCCCACCAGCACUCUGUCAUUAUUUCUGCAAGCCUGGGAAUUCUACCCGGACCUCCCAGUAUCUGUUUCAGCUUGGGGCCAAGGCGCCUCUGCAGAGGAUCACUCCUUCCCAGUGCAUUCUGCACACACAUCACUAACUCCAGCAUUACACACGGCCGAGGGCUGUUCCUGCAGUAAGUUUCCCCCGAUUAGUGGCAGCAGCAAGACGGAGAGCAGAGAGAGGAGGAGAGGGAGAGCUGCUGGCUAAUAGCAGGAUUGCAUGCGAGAGGGCAGGGUCUCUUUAAGGCUCCCCCUGAAGCUGGGAGAUACACUCAUACACACACACAGGGCUUGUCUGCCUGGGUGGUCCCUCUACUUUGGUGAGCUGUUGCUAAGCAGCUAAUAAUAGUCAUGUUUGUUGAGUAUUUUUUUUCUCCACAUUAGCCAAUGGGAUCCCAGAAGCAGCAGCCAUCUGACAGCCCCGGGGGCGGCUCUAUGAGGCUUCUCCCCUCCUUUCCUCUUUCUCCAAAUGGAGAGAGCGAGUUUUUCUUUCCCUCCCCCCUUCUGCAUCUCAUCUAUUGAAGCAAGGAAAGAGCAAGGGAGAAAGAGAGCACACAGGCAGCUGAGCCAGUCUCCCAGGGCCCCAGUCACGGAUCGGAUUGCCUGUAUGCUGCAGUGGGUGCACUCUGCAAAGCCAUGGUCACUGUCGUCUGCUACAUAGAGAGGACUUCCCAACACUUUUCCAGCGCCUCCUUUAUGCUGCAGUGAAACGCACCCAGGCAGCCGGGAGAGGAGCAGCAGCAGCACACACUGGCAGUGCAUCUGGAGGAGAGAUCCAGGCUGCGCGGUGGGAGAUCAGUGCUGGCAGCCGGAGGGUAUAGUGCGGGAUAAGCGCUGUGGAAUUGGUUCAUUGCCCCCUGGGCAUGGUAUUCGUUUCUCCCCGGAUCGCUGUGCAAUAGUGCGGGGGGCACGGUGCGUCCUAUGGUGUGACUGAGUACUGCUCCCCCCCCUCUCCAGCUCUCACACAUAAACAAACACUUUCUGAAUGUGGGAAGCGGCUCAGACCUCCGGAUCGCGAAAUGUGGGGAUGGAAGGCGCAAAGUCUGACUCGCCGCCCUCCGCCACCUCGCCUGGAGAAGCAUGAGGACAAUCCCCCGGAGAGCCGUGCCAGCCAAGGAAGAAGAAGAAGAAGCGACAGCAUUUGCCGUUCUUCCUCCCCCUCACUGCACCAGCUAAGCCCCAGGGGCAACGUGGAGUACAAGCCGCGGGCUGCUCCGGCCACAUUCCGGACAGAACAUGGCUUCAGCCGCCUAUGCCGCUGAGCUGCAGGGCGGCGGGGUGCCAGAUGCCCGGCCGAGGGUAGCCAGGAGGAGGGGACGGGGCAGGGAGCCGCACAGCACGGCCGCAGGGCCGCCUGACCUGGACUAUCUGCAGCGGCCGAGCUAUUGCGAUGCGACUUUCGCCCUUCAGCAGAUCUCAGAGGGGAAAGCUACGGGCAGAAAAGCGCCACUUGUGCUCCGAGCAAUGUUUCAAAGACUAUUAUUUAAACUUGGUUGCUACAUACAAAAAAACUGUGGCAAGUUUUUGGUUGUGGGCCUCUUGAUAUUUGGUGCUUUUGCUGUAGGAUUACGAGCAGCAAAUUUGGAGACCAAUGUGGAAGAGCUUUGGGUUGAAGUUGGUGGACGAGUAAGCCGUGAAUUAAAUUACACCCGCCAGAAGAUCGGGGAGGAAGCCAUGUUCAAUCCACAGCUCAUGAUCCAGACUCCACUAGAGAAUGGUGCUAAUGUUCUAACAACUGAAGCUCUAAAGCAACAUCUUCACUCAGCACUUGAAGCCACCAAGGUGCAAGUCCACAUGUACAACAAGCCUUGGAAACUAGAAAAUUUAUGCUUUAAAUCAGGAGAACUUAUCACUGAAGCUGCGUAUAUGAACCAGAUCAUAGAAUCGCUAUAUCCUUGUUUAAUUAUCACACCUUUGGACUGCUUUUGGGAAGGAGCAAAACUUCAGUCCGGACUGGCCUAUCUACCAGGGAAACCCCCUUUGCAAUGGAAAAACUUUGACCCCUUGGAGUUGUUGGAAGAGUUGAAGAGAGACCAUUUCCAUGUUGACAGCUGGGAGGAAAUGUUAACUAAGGCUGCGGUGGGACAUGGCUAUAUGGACCGUCCGUGCCUCAACCCGUUAGAUUCUGAUUGUCCGCCUACAGCGCCUAAUAAAAAUUCAACCAAUCCUCUCGAUGUUGCACUUGUGUUAAGUGGAGGAUGCUAUGGUCUUUCGAGAAAGUAUAUGCACUGGCAGGAGGAGCUAAUCAUUGGUGGCACCGUUAAGAAUGCUAGUGGAAAACUUGUCAGUGCCCAGGCGUUGCAGACUAUGUUUCAGUUAAUGACUCCUAAACAAAUGUAUGAGCACUUCAAGGGGUAUGAAGAGGUUUCCAAAAUAAACUGGAAUGAAGACAAAGCAGCAGCCAUCUUGGAGGCCUGGCAGCGGGAUUAUGUUAAGGUUGUACAUCAAAGUGUUGCUCAAAAUGCAACCCAGAAAGUUCUCCCUUUUACCACAACUACUCUGGACGACAUCCUCAAGUCCUUUUCGGAUGUGAGUGUCAUUAGGGUUGCCAGUGGAUACCUGCUAAUGCUUGCCUAUGCCUGUUUAACCAUGCUGAGGUGGGACUGUGCCAAAUCCCAGGGAGCAGUGGGGCUGGCUGGAGUUUUGCUGGUUGCGCUUUCAGUGGCUGCAGGAUUGGGCCUGUGCUCAUUGAUUGGAAUUUCCUUUAAUGCCGCAACAACUCAGGUUUUGCCUUUUCUUGCUCUUGGGGUUGGUGUAGACGAUGUCUUUCUCUUGGCACAUGCUUUUAGUGAAACUGGGCAAAAUAAAAGGAUUCCAUUUGAGGACAGAACCGGUGAAUGCUUAAAAAGGACAGGGGCAAGUGUUGCCCUGACAUCUAUCAGCAAUGUGACCGCCUUCUUCAUGGCUGCUCUGAUUCCUAUUCCCGCACUCAGGGCUUUCUCCCUCCAGGCUGCUGUUGUGGUGGUGUUCAACUUUGCCAUGGUUCUACUGAUCUUUCCUGCCAUCCUGAGCAUGGACCUGUAUCGCAGAAGAGACCGCAGGCUUGAUAUCUUCUGCUGUUUCAGCAGUCCUUGUGUGAGCAGAGUCAUUCAGAUUGAACCUCAAGCAUACAUGGACAACAAUGACAAUACCCGCUAUAGACCUCCACCGUCCUACAACAGUCACAGCUUUGCUCAUGAGACACAAAUCACCAUGCAGUCUACAGUCCAGCUGCGGACAGAGUAUGACCCACGAACCCAGUCCUAUUACACCACUGCAGAGCCUCUGUCUGAGAUCUCUGUGCAGCCAGCGGUCUCCACGCCCCAUGAUCCCAGCAGCCCAAGUCCAGAUGGCACAAGUUCCACACGGGACCUACUUUCCCAGUAUUCCGCAUCUGGCCUUCACUGCCUCGAGCCUCACUGUGCAAGGUGGACACUUUCCUCAUUUGCUGAGAAGCAUUAUGCCCCUUUUCUCUUAAAGCCAAAAUCAAAGGUUGUGGUUAUAUUUGUUUUCUUGGCCCUGCUUGGUGUCAGCCUAUAUGGCACUACGUGCAUUCGAGAUGGUUUGGAUCUCACGGAUAUUGUUCCUCGCGAAACCCAGGAAUAUGAUUUCUUUGCAACACAAUUUAAAUACUUCUCUUUCUACCACAUGUAUGUGGUGACACAGAAAGCGGAUUAUCCUCGUUCUCAGCGCUUGCUGUAUGACCUGCACAAGAGUUUUGUCAGUGUCAAGUAUGUUCUGCUAGAGGAGGACCAACAGCUUCCCAAAAUGUGGCUGCAUUAUUUUAGGGACUGGCUGCAAGGAUUACAAGACACCUUUGACAGAGAAUGGGAAGGUGGGAAAAUUACCUUUAACAAUUAUAAAAAUGGCUCUGAUGAUGCUGUUCUUGCCUACAAGUUAUUAAUACAGACUGGCAACUCGGAUAAACCUAUUGACUUCAGUCAGUUAACUAAACAGCGUUUGGUGGAUGCAGAUGGGAUCAUUCAUCCAAGUGCCUUCUACAUCUACUUAACGGCCUGGGUGAGUAAUGACCCUGUAGCCUACGCUGCUUCCCAGGCCAAUAUCCGCCCUCACCCUCCAGAGUGGGUCCACGACAAAGCAGACUACAUGCCUGAAACCAGUACAAUUCAUGCAGCUGAACCAAUAGAAUAUGCCCAGUUUCCUUUCUACCUCAAUGGCCUACAAGAGACUUCAGAUUUUGUGGAAGCUAUAGAGAAAGUGAGAGACAUUUGCAACAAUUAUACCAGCCUGGGAGUGUCAAAUUAUCCAAAUGGCUACCCGUUCCUCUUCUGGGAGCAAUACAUUGGGCUCCGCCACUGGCUGCUCUUGUCCAUCAGCGUGCUUCUGGCUUGCACAUUCCUGGUGUGUGCCCUUUUUCUGCUGAACCCCUGGACUGCUGGAAUCAUUGUUGUGGUACUGGCCCUUAUGACAGUGGAGCUGUUUGGAAUGAUGGGACUCAUUGGGAUUAAGCUGAGUGCUGUGCCUGUGGUCAUCCUGAUAGCCUCUGUGGGCAUUGGCGUUGAAUUUACUGUACAUGUGGCUUUGGCAUUUCUCACAGCUAUUGGUGACAAAAACCGAAGGGCAGUCCUGGCGUUGGAACAUAUGUUUGCCCCUGUAUUGGAUGGAGCUGUGUCUACACUUCUGGGGGUCCUCAUGCUAGCUGGAUCAGAGUUUGACUUUAUUGUCAGGUAUUUCUUUGCAGUGCUGGCAAUAUUAACACUCCUUGGGGUGCUAAAUGGAUUGGUGCUUCUUCCAGUUCUCCUAUCUUUCUUUGGACCUUACCCUGAGGUGUCACCAAGUAAUGGUGGAGACCGGUUGCCAACACCAUCAUUAGCUCCCCCACCAAAUGUUGUGAGAUUUCCAGUGUUUACUCAACAAACUCAUACUGGAUCGGAUUCGUCAGAUUCUGAAUCAAGUUCACAGACGACUGUAUCUGGAUUCAGCGAGGAAUUCCACCAGUAUGAAGCCCAACGUUCUGGAAUGGCACCACAUCAAGUCAUUGUUGAGGCUACAAGAAAUCCAGUCUUCCCAAAAUGUUCUGUUGUCAUGCCAGAUGCCAGGCAUAAUCAGUCAUGUCAGAGGACACCCGAUGAAGAUCUCAGACCUCAACAACAGUGGUGCCCUAACAGGAAUCAGAGGUGGGAAUCAAAGGAAGGGUUACGGCCACCUCCGUACCGACCACGCAAGGAUGCUUUUGAAUCCUCUACUGAGAAGCCUGCAGAUUCUAGUAACAGAGACCGGUUAGGGCACAGACCCCACCUACAGAACAAUAGGAAAGCUGCAUUUCCUCCUGUAGGUGCUUCAGUACCUACAUAUUGCCAGCCUGUUACUACUGUGACUGCUUCAGCUUCAGUUACUGUUGCUGUUCACCCUUCUUUGUGUAGCCACAAUACUCGUGGUAGCUACCCAUUCUACAGUGGGUAUCACGAAGAUGACAAUGGACCUUUUGCGGACCCUCACGUGCCUUUUAAUGUGCGCUAUGAGAGAAGGGACUCUAAAGUAGAAGUGAUAGAGCUGCAAGAUGUUGAACGUGAAGAAAGGACACAAGGAAAAGUCUCAAAAUGAGAGUCAACAUAUUCUGAGACAUUGAUGGCCAAAGAUGGGACAGAAUUUCCAGACUAGUUACUGAAAGCUGCUGGAUGUUUUAUAUAAUGGACAUGCUGCAUCAGGACAAACAGUUCAUAUUUACUGUAAUCUAUUGUACAAAUGUGUUAAAUAUUGUUAUAAAUAUUUAAAAGGUGUAUACAUAUGUAAUAUACAAAAGAUCAAUGUAAAGUUAGUAUAACUGCAGAGUUCCUUGGCUCUAACAGAUGCGGCAAAGUUUCUUUGCCCUCUCUACUUAAUGUACAGGAUUUGUGCCACACUUUAAUUAAUCUAGAUAUAAGAUUCAGCAUAUUUUUCUGCUGCUUUAAUACUGUAUAAUGUACUUGUAUAAUUUCUAUGCAAAUAUUGCUUAUGUGAUAGGUGUUAUUUUAUAUGUGUAAAGGUUUCCUGUUUUGAUGGUUAAUGUUCAUAUCACAACCCUGUGGUAGUAUGUUACUGAGAAUUUCAAACACGCUAUGCGUGAGUAUUUCUUUUAUGUUUGAAUGGGCAGAUAUGAAGAAUUUGUCUUAGGUGAUGUUAUUUGUCUGUCCUUGUGUUUGGAUGUGUGCACCUGUCUCAUGUGAUACUGUACAGUCUGUUCCACUGUGUUGCCUAUUCUUGGUGUGCUUAUGUAAUCCUGCCAUGUCUGGAGGCUUCUUCUCUCCAUCCUAAGCACUUACUAGCAUCCUCAUUAGAAAACAAGUGAUUUGCAGACAUCCUAGCAAAGUUCUUCAUUUAUGUCCCUUUAUGUGUAGUUAUAUGGGAUGGCGAUUGGCAAUAUUUGGCACUCUUACAAUUGCUGAAAUGCAAGCUCCCAUGGUGCCUCUCUGCUUCAGUGUCUGGAUGGCCAUGGUAGGGAUUGUCAUUGAUUAACGACUGAAGUACCAAAGUUGUCUUUUGUAUUAGAAAGCACUUCAAGUGAUAAAUGGGACGAAGAACAUUUGUUUUAUUCAAUUUUUAUAUAAUGCUUGUAUUACCUUCAACUUAUGUUGGUGCUAAUAUUCCUUUUUUUUUUGUUUUGUUUUAUUGUAUUGUUUUGUUUCUCGUCUCUAAGUGUAAAUCGUUUCCCUAUCUACCUCCCUUCCUCUUCUACAUACAUAGGUAUGUUGUUUGCUCAGAGUUUACCUUUAUACUAUUAAUUUAAUUGAAAUGUUGAGUGUGUAUGUAUGUGUGCAUAUAUAUAUAUAUAUAUAUAUAUAUAUAUAUAUAUAUAUAUAUAUAUAUAUAUAUAUAAAAAUAAUCUUGAUAUACUGUAUACAUUCUUACUGUGUCAUUGUGGGAUUGCAGUGCGUCACAUUGCAUGCUGCUUUGUCAUAGAAGAAAUACUUUAAAACUUUAAGGCACUUGUUAAGAUUAAAAAUACAAAAAGAAACCUAACAAGGAAUACAUAGCUGCCUUUCCUUAUUAUAAGCUAUCGUUACACAAGCACACUGAGACCGCAAACAACUGCCAGGUCACUGCCUGAAUAUAGAGAGCAAAUGCCUAAUUACAAUAAUAUUCAAAUCAGUGGACCCUGUUUGCUUGCAGUGUAGUAACCACACAUUAUUAAUACAUGUUUUAUGUAAAACCUCACACAUGAUCAUGUAUAGCACAGUGAUACUCAAACUUCCUGUGGUUACUUUCCAUCCAUCAGAAUUCUCUGUAGAGUACAACUGACAAUACAUUGUACUUUUAAACAAUGAAUGCCCCCAGUCUUCCUCAUGCGUGUGAGAAACCUAACAUCUGGCUAUGGCUUCACAGUUCAGAUGCAGGACACAUUGUAGUCACUGAGAUUUCCCCUUACUGUACGAUGAAGGUAAAGAGUCAAUUUGAUUGAACCGAGCUAAUUGUAAUUAUGAUCUAAAAUGUUUUCAUUUAAUUUAUUGAUGUGAUUUUCUUUCCCGAUAUCAACACAUUCCCCUUUACUAAUUGACCUGCUUUGAAGGGCAGUAUAUAACUAUAUCAGAAAUUUUUCUGGUAUUGGAUAUUUACUUCUGGUCUGCCAUCAGUAGCAGCUCCUAAAAGCAAAGGGAGAAUUCAUCUGCCUGUGGACAUUUCUUAAGGUGGAAAAGAGUAAAACGGAAAGUUACUUUACAAUCAUGACCAUUAAAUCCUCCAUCUGUCCACUCUACUUAUUAUCCCCUUAUAAACACCACCGGUUUGUGCCCAGCAUUUAUCUAGCGUGCGGGAUCAUGAGAUUGGCAGCACGCUUGUAUAGAAGAUACUUCCUGAGCGGGCACAGCACUCUUUGCACUGUCACCGUAUAAGAGGGUGAAUCACACUGACCAAGGACACUUUGUGCUUAGAACUCUUCAUUCACUAAUGUACAUUUUGAGCAGCACUGUGUUGUCAUGUCAUGUUGGCAUUUCCAAAUCCUUAAUGCCCCUUCUCUAAAGUCCCAUACUACACAGUUACACUGCCAAAUCUUCCCUCUCCCUAGUUAGUGUGUCUGCUGCCUUCUGCACAGUAUAGACAUUAUAUAUCUCCUAUAGUCACAUUGGCAAGGGGAGAACAGUAGCUGGCAAAGUUUUUGUUGUUUUUAAUAUUUAUAUUUUUGUAUAAUAAGAAUGUGUUCCUACAGUAUUUGUCAUGCCAGUUUAUAACAAAACAAUGCAGGGAUAUUUUUUAUUACUAUUGGAAAACACUAUUACAGCUAUGGGCCUACUUUUUAAAUGGAAUUUUUAUUUGUAUAGAAUGCUUACUAAUGUUAAAUAGGAGAGAAUAUAUAACAUUUACAUAAAAGACUCAUAGCUUUUUUAGAUUAAGGAGUUAAAAGGAAAAAUAUUCAAACUGGGUCUCAUCGUCUGCCCUUUUUUUUGGCAGAAAUGAGUUUUGUGUCAUUUCAUUUACAAAGAUAAACAUAUGCCAUAUAAUUUAUUUAUAUGAAAAUUUAUUUUUGUAGUGUACAUAGUAGUCAUCAAGUCUUUUUGACAGAAGUAUAUUUUUAAAGAGUUUAUAUGUGUUAAUACCAUUGUGAGACAUGAAACUUGGGUACAGUGCACACUUAUAACUGCGCCAGACAAAAUAUUGCUUAAACCCUUCAUAGUUUUGGGAUGGCCAGCAAGACACUGACCCAAUGGGUGUUGCUAAACCGUUCCGGCAGAGAAUGGGUUAGCCACGUUGAUAGAGAAUUAUAAUUCUUACCAUACAGAAUGUGUUUGUUAAGUUUUGUGAUCUAGUGGGGUUUACAUUUCAACAUUGAAAAUGAAAAUUGUACAAACUCUCUAAAUAAUAAUGUUCAAACACUGAUAGAAUUUCUAACAUGAAUAAAAAUUAUUAUAACUUAUUGGUUA